AUGAGUCCGGACUCCUUCAUACAACUGGCGCUUCAGCUGACACACUUCAAGUAAGUGUACUACAUAUACCGAGAGGACCUAAGAACAGACCCUUCAGAUAUGAACAUCGGCAGGAUUUUCUUCGUACUCUGGAAACUUCGAGUGCGCCGGCUCCUAGACAGUUGAAAGUGACUUAGGUUGUGACCUCGUGGAGCAAUAAACACCAGUUCACAACUGUAGGUUUGUAUAGUUAGUAACUAAAUAGUUCGUCUAGCAGAAAAGUACUUGCAUGUUUGUUUGCUUUGCUGAAAGAGACAAGCCGAAAUUAUUCCAACCACAGUCUAGAUACCAUCAUCCGUCGUCACCAUCCAACCUGCUUUAGCGAUUAUCCAUAUGCUGUUAGAGUGUCAAAUUCAGAUUAUACGCGAUUAUUCCGAUGUCGCUGGUACUAUAUAGCUCCAUCGCUUGACCCAGAUUCAUUUUCGCAUCGUGAUCCAACUGCUCUAAGUCACUUUCCACCCUCCUUCCAUACAAGUGGCCUUAUCUGCCUAAGGAGCCUUCAUUAAAUCGUACUCCUCACUAGUGAAUUUCUUGUAUAAGCUUGCUGUAGUUCUUCUGGGACUACAAAGUUCUUUAUUUCUUAACGCUAAGCUUGGACAUUUUAAAAUGUUUAGAAAAAUUUUGGCAGUUAGCUGCAGAACCUCAUUCUUUUUAAGUUCAAUUAAUAAAAUAAGAGUUUAUGUAGAUAGAAUGAAAUUAGACAUUAACUGACAUUUGGUGGGAAACCUACCUUAUAUUCACUUGAAAGCAGCCUAAACUCGUAGCUUGGUAGGAGACACGAGAAUAGGAACCCCUUGUAAUGCAGGCGUCCUUUCACUACAUUCUAGAGAUUAGGGUUAGGUUUAGGGUUAUUGACGGGAUUAUGGUCAGGGUUAGAACUAGGACCAGGAUUGGGGAUGCGGUCAGGGUUGAGAUUAUGAUUGGGAAUAAAGUCAGGGCUGGGGUUAGCGAAGGGUCAGGGCUAAGUUUAAGAUUAGGGCUAAGACUGGGGUUGCAGUUAAUGUAAGGGCUAGUUUUGGUGUUUGGGUUAGGAUGCGAGAAUUGCCAGCCUUCCCGAAAUUCAGUCCAUGACCGCCUUUAUUGUGAUUGGGGGCGGUCCCUAUCCCUGUAUCUUAUCCGCAGUUCUCCUGUGAACACUUCCUCGACUUAAGUUUACUCUUGACUCUUCGUUUCUUAUACCACACGUGGUUCUAUAUCCAUCGGGCCGAAAUCAACAAUAGUCAAAAUUCAGGGAAGUCUUUUGCCCGUGAUGACUUUAUCCGGUACUUAAGCACCCUCAAGAUAACUCAUUUUUAUUUUCUCCACGAUUUCACGAAACAAAAACUGCGUGCUGGCGGGCUUUGUCCUCAACAUAUCUGUGUCUCUUGGGUGGACUGUCACGCACUACUUUAUUAAUAAACUUUAAAGUCUCAACUUCCUUUUCGAUAAAUUUCCUCUCAUUUUCUUUGAUUCAGGCUUCAUGGCUACCUGGUGGCCACCUACGAGAGUGCUUCAACCCGGCGCUUUCGACUGGGACGUGUGGACAACAUACGCGCGUCUUCAAUUCCUGCACUAAAAUGGUGUCGUGCGAUGACGGUGGAUCGAGCAGAGCACUCCGUAAGUCUAACGCCCCAACACUCUUAUCCCCUUUUUGUCUGAAAAGUAAAUUAUGCACGACUAAUUUGUGACCACUUUUGGAUGCGGACUGCGCCAGCUCGAACCAUGCUGCCAUAUGGCCUCAUCCGAGUAUUGGGCCACCCUUUAAAAUCCCUGUCGCUUGCCCGUCAUAUAUAUGUAUAUAUGGAGAGUAUAGCAUUAUUUACAAAGACAAGGAAGACCGGAACAGCCAUUCCUGGCUUAUUUGCCGUUAUCAGCUAGUCAUACCCAACCCAAAAUGUAGAUCACUUGAGAUUCGAGCUGGGGAUAUUUAGUCAUGCAGUUUGACACUCAACCAUUGAGCUACGGACCCGUUGGCCUGCGAGGGUUCUAAUAUGAGUUCCAAGACACGAUGGAAUAAGCCCAUCUCGUAACCCGAUUGGUGAGUGUCCAUCUGUCAUAAUUUAUAUUCCCGAUCACAACCGACAGGACAACGGGCCCGAGGCUCGAUGGUAGAGUGUCGAACCCAAUGACAAAAGAUCCCGAGUACGAAUCCCAAGUGAGCCGCACUUAGGGUUCGGUAUGGCUGGCUGACGACCGCUAAUAAGCCAGAAAUGGCUACUCCGGUCUCCCUUGUGUUUGUCUGUGCCAUCCCAUAUAUAUAUAUAUAUAUCGCGUUCAUCAUCUCCCGAAGAAGACGAAGAAGUAGAGAGGGCGAAUUCAUGGACCAUAUUGUAUUCGAACUGACGUUUCGGAAACUUCCUCGUUUCCAUCAUCAGAGUAGCGUAAUUGUUGCACUUGCCGGUCUUGAGUUGUUCAGUCUUGCCGCUUGCCUCGUAUUAUAGCCGUGCUGGACGCACGAACUUUGACCUGCCUGUUUGCCGCUGACUGGCUUAGACCUCCCAGGGGCUGACCGCUGACAGGCCUGCGUGACCUUUGGGGUCGGCGUAAUUGUGGUCAAAUCAACGUGCCGCUUAGCCUCUCCCACGUCAGCCGGUGGACUGAUCGGUCGUUGCUGUUCAGAUGAGCAGCAUUCAGCUUCGCGGGCGCAUCGGUGAGACAGUGUUCGGCUUUGGUCACAUGACCUCUGGGCCCCAAUUCUGCUCUUUUCUGUGGGCGUUGACUCUCGGUCCCGCGUGCUCGCUUGCCUUACUGGUCUUGUCCGGACUGAUCCGAGCCUUGUACGAAGCGCCUGGUAUGCGGGAUGUAGAUCUAUAGCUCGGUUGAGUGUACUAGUCGAGGACCAACUUUCGAGCACCAGUCUGGCCAUCUUCUCAUUGGCUCGACCAAUUACCCUCGCUUUCUCAAAGGCAAAAUCGUGGUUCAGUUCUCUUAUGUGGCCAUAGACCAAAGACAGCUUGUCCUUACGAUUGAUUGCAAGUUGGUGUUCGUGCAAUCUUGUACCGAGGCGUUUGCCCGUUUCACCAACAUACCUUGCAUUGCAAUUUAGGCAUGGUAUGCUGUAGACCACCGCCGAUUGUUCUGUUGUUGGUAGCGGGUCUUUGGGCUUCAUGAUUUGCUGUCUGAUGGUGCAUUCUGGUUUAUGAGCCACGCCAAUCCCAAAAGGUUUCAGGAUUCUUGCCGUUGCCUCUGAUACGUUCUUCACAUAGGGUAUUGAGAGCCAGAACUUGGGCUUUUCUCCACUCGACCGCUCAAAAUGAGGCUUUUUGAGGCAAUUGCGUAUGAAGGACUUCGGGUAGCCGUUUGCUUUGAAAAGGGCGUGUAAGUAAUUCAUCUCCUCCUUCCUCCCACUGUCGUCGCUACAGUGUGUUUGAACACGUUGAAAGAGAGUUCUGACACAACUGCGUUUAUGACCAACAGGGUGGUUGCUUCGGAAGUGGAGGAUGCGCCUGGUAUUUGUUGCCUUACGGUAAACCGUUGUCCUUAUCUUCCCGUCUGUCAAUCUCGUAACUUGUACGUCCAGGAAGGGCAACUGAUUGUUGACUUCCUCUUCCAUAGUAAACUGAAUAUCGGGAAAGAUGGAGUUCAACAAUGCCUUGAAAGCCUUCACCUCGCUCCUCUUGAUUACAACGAACGUGUCGUCGACGUAUCUGGCCCAGAACUUCGGGGGGUACGAGCUGAAGACCUGCUGCUCGAGUCUCUGCAAAACUGCUUCGGCAAUUAGUCCAGACAGAGGCGAGCCCAUCGGUGUCCCCUUCUUUUGCUCGUAGACUUGGUCGUUGAAUGUAAAGAAGGUCUUAAGACACAGUUCUAGGAGCUCGAUGAUGUGUGCUCGUUUGAGCUGUUGGUCGGUUUCAUCAUACUUUUCCCGGAGAAAGCCAUUAAUAGUGUCGAUAGCCACCGCGGGUGGGAUGGAGGUGAAUAAUGAGAUCACGUCAAAUGACACCAUCACCUCAUCUGCCUCCACUUCCAGAUGUUUGAUGCGCGUCAAGAACUCUUCAGCUGACUUCACUGUCCACUGCGAAUCCUUGGUAAGGAAACAAAGUCGCUGGUACAGCCAAUUUGACAGCCCAAAGGUUGGAGUACCACGUAAGGAGACGAUGGGGCGUAGCGGUACCCCCUGCUUGUGGACCUUCGGUAGGCUGUAGAAGCGCGCCAUCGCGGUAUCACUGGCUUUUGCGGCCAACGCCUCCCUUCUCGUAAGAGCUCCCGCCUUCCUCAGCUUGCCGAUCGUAUUGUUUAUGCUGUUUACGAGCUUUUUAAACUCGCUGACGGUCGAUGGCACAUAAGCUUCCUUGUCCAGCUCGAGCACGCGGGACCGAGAGUCAACGCCCACAGAAAAGAGCAGAAUUGGGGCCCAGAGGUCAUGUGACCAAAGCCGAACACUGUCUCACCGAUGCGCCCGCGAAGCUGAAUGCUGCUCAUCUGAACAGCAACGACCGAUCAGUCCACCGGCUGACGUGGGAGAGGCUAAGCGGCACGUUGAUUUGACCACAAUUACGCCGACCCCAAAGGUCACGCAGGCCUGUCAGCGGUCAGCCCCUGGGAGGUCUAAGCCAGUCAGCGGCAAACAGGCAGGUCAAAGUUCGUGCGUCCAGCACGGCUAUAAUACGAGGCAAGCGGCAAGACUGAACAACUCAAGACCGGCAAGUGCAACAAUUACGCUACUCUGAUGAUGGAAACGAGGAAGUUUCCGAAACGUCAGUUCGAAUACAAUAUGGUCCAUGAAUUCGCCCUCUCUACUUCUUCGUCUUCUUCGGGAGAUGAUGAACGCGAUAUAAUGUCUGGACCUCGAAUCUUUACGCAUAUCGAUAUAUAUAUAUAUAUACAAGGCCACGUGUUGAAAUCCCAGCCGCCCACCCCGUCAUACAGACACAGCCAAACGGCAGGCCAUCUGCUGGGAUUCCAGCAGAUAGUCUAGUCUACCCCUGGCCGAAGGUAGUAUGGUCUCCUGACUGCUUCUACGCAGGAUAUGCACUCACAAUACCUGUACUGCAGAAACUUUCAGUAUUAUUGAUCGAUUCUGUCAAAAACAAAGGAUUAAUCACCUCUCGGACCGGGCCAUGGGCCAACAGGAGAAUUUGUAUGGCCAAGAAAUGUUGCAGUGCCCUGUGCCCGCUUUGCGGCUGCUGGUUGGGCUCGAGAGAGAGCCCAUAAUGCACAACGGAACGAGUGAGUUCUGUAAGAACGAUCGGUGAGCGCCCCCUACCAUUGUAUAUUCCCGAUCGAAACCGACGGAUCAACGGGCUCGUGGCCCAGUAGUUAGAGGCGUGGACUUCUAACUAAUAGGUCGCGAGUUCGAGCCCCGGGUGUUCCACACUUCGGAGUUGGGUACGACUGGCUGACGACGGCUAAUAAGUCAGAAAUGGCCAUUCCAGUCCCCCUUGUCAUUGUCGGUAAUACCAUUCUGUCUAAAAUAUAAACUGUAUAAAAUUGUCAGGUGGUAAGGCGUCUACAUUUUCUCAAGCCAGUGGACGACAAGUAGUUUCAGGUCACACUGUCGAAAAAUCAGCAGGUGUAGAUGGUAGUGAAGAACAGAUGGUCUAACCGAAAUCGUAGAAGAAUAGAUAAUCACUGAGGACGUUUAUUGGGCGUCUGGCAUUUCAAACAGCAACACGAGCUGUGCAUCGACAACGGAUGGCGAGUUCGGCAAGCAAGCCCCGUCUUCUUUAACAAAAAAUUUGAAACUUUAGCAUCUACAGACAGCAGAUCAAAUCACAGCCACUCUAUAAUGCCUUGACUGGAGAGUGUCCGGCCAUGAAGGUGCAGUUAACUUGAAUCUUGUUUGCUCGCAGUAGGCGUUCAAACAGGUGAACCAACGACCUUAGUCUUUAGACAUCCCUCCGUACAGGAGGACAUUAGUCAAGGACGACUACUUUUGCGGACGGGAAUACGGACCUCCCCUCGCACUACGGGUGGUCUUACGCCAAAUUCCAGGGAUUAUUUGUUUCCGUGUCCUAACUGUAACUGUAAUUUAAAAUAAAGUUUUUUGGAAAUGGCGCGUUCGUGAAUUAGGAUGGAAUGCUCCGCAAAGUGGUCAGAUUUCAAGACUUCUUGGGGCAAACUCUCGAAUAUAAGUUGGCCCAACAUCUGCAUGCUUCUUAUAACUGCGUAAUAAAACUAUCACUCGCCCCUAAUGUGUCCAUUUACAGUGUCCCCCAAUAACCGUUCUAAGUGGACCCCAGCGCUAUUUUAGACAAGGGACAUCUAACCUAAUUUGCAGGGCCGACCCUGAAAAAUGCAGUGCUGUAACUUACAGUCUACGACGCUGUUGACCAGGGAUUUAACACCACCUCCUGAUUGCAUACACUGUGUGUUAAUUGGCAUCCUGCUGAUAUUCAGUCUAACUUGUUGAUCGGGAAACGGUUAUUUGAAGAUGACACUAAGGAUGCUGAAAAGACAUGCCUCGCUUCAAUGUCCUCCCUGCAGGGUCGGCGUUUGAUAGUCCUAUUUGCUUCUGGUCAUUCUACCUGAUCCAUGGUAUUGCAGGCAAAAUCAAAUCUUUAGGUAACUGAUGGUAGGUUGGUAAGGAAAGCAGGUCAUUUGGCCACGGUAGGGUGAAGGACCCUUCUUAGCUGCCGGUAAACUGGGGAUUGUGCCAUUCGAAAUGAUGGUAAUUGGGAUUUUACAACUGGGACAACACGCUAGGCAGUAUGCUGGCGACAUACAGUAGGUGGGAUAACUCAUGAAAUGUCAACCGAAUUUCCGAACUGAGUUUUCGUUUCGAAAAGAUUAAUUAAGUAGGGUUGUAAAACUAGUCAGCCUGCAACCUAAUUCCAUAAUAUGCCAGUUACCCCAGGAUGUCGGCUUUCGAACGAACUUCCUUCCGGCUGCGUGCAAAAAUUACAUUCUGUAAAAAUGACUACUUAAGUAGCAUGCAUUCUUCCCGCUUAUUUUCGAUGCCGUUAAAUGUCUAAUUAUAUUUCACGGGAAACAUGCAUAAAGAUAUUCCUUUGUUUGCUCAAUCACUAGAUAAUUACGCCUUCAUCUAAUUUUGUACUCGAAGACGGGAAUUAAUUCGGUUUUAAAAUAGUUUCGAAUUGUGGGACUUUUAAAUACCGUAAAAUGGCCGUUCAUAAAUCGUCGUAUCUCUGCAUUUACCAGUGUGGCUUGUAAAGUUAACAAUGUGGAUCUAAUCCACUACUUAAUUUUAUGAACCCUAUAUGGUCUUCCCUUAUUACCGUAGAGAAAUGUGUAGUUUUCCGUACGCGGAAAAUAUGGCUUGUGGUCUGGAAACCCUGAAUCCACGUGUAACGGUAGAGCGGGUUCAAAAUUAUUCUCAAAUUGGAAAACUUUUGAAAACCGAAUUCUACCUUUGAGUAUAAGAUUGGAAGGAGACGUAAUUUUCUACCGAAUGAGAGGGAAAGUGAAUGUUUUUAUCCAUGUUUUCCACGAAAUAUAAUGGAAUUUUUGGGGCAUCGAAAAUCAAAGAGAAAAUGUAUGCUACUUAAGUAGUCCUUUUAGAGUGUAGUCUUUGCAUGCAGUCGGAAAAGAGUUCAAUCGAACGCCGGCAUCCUGAGGUAACUGAAAUAUUAUCCAAGUAUGUUGCAGGCCGACUAGUUUCACAACCCUAAUUAAUUAAUCUUUUCGAAACGAAAAGGAAUUUCGGAAUUUCGGUUGACAUUUCAUGAUUUAGCCCACCUAAUGUACAAGAAAAUAGAGAAAUUGUUUGGAUUUCUUUCAAAGGUCAUAUCGUACGCUUUAACAUGGCAAUGGAAAUGAGUGCGUUAAUUAAAAAAUGAACAGAAGGUAAAUUUGCAAAAAAUAACGCAGUUUAAGUAAUGGUAGGUAAUUGUCGUUGGCAGUGCAGUGUCUGCAACGGCCUGUAGAUGGAUGCCAAGAUGAACCCCCCAUAUGACACGAUCUGUCGACAGUUAAGUGGGGUCCUUCACCCUACCGUUGCCAGGGUGGCAACUCCAACUCCCACCUUAACGCUAACCUCAAUCUCCCACAAGUUUAGCGUAAGGUCACCUGUAUUACGGAGUAGCUUCCCAUUCGCAUGUCUUGCGAGGGGGUUUCUCUUCACUCUAUGGGAGUACUACUUAGGAGGUAAGGGCAUUUUCUCUAGCCCGAAUUUCCGAGUCCCUAUUUUACUGCGGUCGCUCAUACCAAUUUCAUGAGCGCCUACCAAUACAUCAGAGUAACCAAAUCGUGGAUCUAGAACAUCCAGCCCCUACCGAUGCUGUCUCGCCCGCGGUUUCUCCCUCUCGCGCGCGCACGCGCUCGACAAUUAAACACCGCAGUUCCCGCGUGUUUAUAUUUCCGGCUUCCCUGCCCCGCCAACAAGAACAACAACUACAAAUCCGACGCUAAGCCGGGAGAUCGCAGCCUGAGGCCGAGGACCACUCCUCCCUCCCACCCCCCGACCCAAGGCUGAAAAUAAACUUCUCUAAAGUCAAGUGUGUGCUUGCUGGCUUGCGUGUACGCCUGAACGCUGGAUUAAUGGGCAGGCGAAAAGUCAAAUUUUGACAGCCCCUUUGGGAGGAAAGGCGCAUCUCUGAGGAGGAGGAGGAGGAGGAGGAGGAGGAGGAGGAGGAGGAGGAGAAGACAUCGGCGGAACGGUGAGCGGACGGGAGCCGGUGAGGAGGCCUCGUGGCGGCAUUGCGUGAGGGGAGUUGUUUUGGUGCAUGACGCUGCUCCAGCUCCUGACUACUGGGCCGCGGACAGACUGACGCCUGUCUCUGCCUGAUAAGCGGACCUGUUGUCUGUGAGGUGCAGAGAAUGACUGGCAGGGGGGGGGAAACAUGAUGUGUAAUGCUAGAGCCUAAUUACAGACAUUUUCCUUCUUCCUGUGCCAACGGCUUCGACAUGCCGAAGGCCAUGCGUAUUGCUCCUCCUCCUCUGUUCCCACCUCAAAGACGGCAUUUCCUCGCAUCUUCUGGGUUCCUGGGAUUCUGCUCAGUCCUUUGAGCUACUGGGGCAGAUACAUUUUUACAAAGGUUGGCUACAAGCCCAGUAGGGAUACUUACCAACAUCGACGUAUUUGUAUAAGUGGCAGGAAGGAAAAAUGGAACAAACAUUCCGGGGGCGCGUUUGUCUCCCGCUCGGUCUAAUGCCGGGUCUGAUUGGAUUCAAACCGGCAUAUAUCCUUUGACCGACCAAAGGGGCCCACUGUUGUGGUAGCUUCAAGGACCUGUUUUUUAUCUUCUAGAAGGAAAAAACAGCCUUCUGAUGCCCCCAAUCAAGCUCUAUUCCUGAGAAGCUAACUGCGUUUGUAGACUUUUAAAUCACCAGGUGUCUGGUUUCGGUCGGAUCUUAUUUCGUGGCCGCAUCUGCAGUAGACAAGCCUCAGCAACCUGUCCUAACCACUAACCUCAACUUCUAAACCGUGACCGGCAGCCCAUCUGCUACAGGCAGAAAAUGAAUUAAGACACCAACCACUAACAGGUGCGGUUACGAAAUAAGAUCUUACCUGGUUUCCUCUUUACUCAGCAUUAUGGUGCUGAUUUCAUCUUGUCCGAGACAUAGAACACAGAACGCGUGUAUAUCUUUAUCAAGCUGGUAAGAUAGAUAACCCACAGGAUAACUCGAUCCUCGAGGACAGUAUUGUAUGUUUUUGAUCCUAAAACGGACCACGUGGUAGAUGCACUGGACCAAUGCGGGGGCUAGAUCGGGGUCCGGCAGACGUUACUGGAAGUAAAUACCCAUAGGAACUGCCAACACUGGGAGGGUGAGGCGGCGCGACCAAGUGAAGGCCCACGCAGCGCCCCCCGUUUUCUUGUUGCGCAAAGUCCUAAUCAGCAUACGUUGUAGACCAGGGGGUGUGGUGGUACGCUUAGGUGAAAAUUUAAAUAAAGCAAUGGAAAAAUGUGUAUUCGUUAAUUUGGAUAUGCCCGUUAAUCAAAGUCGCUCAGAUACGUGGAGGAAUUUUCCAUGGGAAGUCAGCAUAGGCUACGUUGAUAAUUUGUUCAUACUCACUAAUCUUACGAUGUCACCUUCGGGUGUCCUUGUACGUGAAGGAGCAGAAAGUGAUAUUGGGUUAGCAUAACAUUUAGGGCCACCCAAGCUAGCACGGUGCUUUUGCUCGAUUUAUCUACCGCAGUCUUGCUCCCUCAAGAAGCUACAUCCUGCUGUUUACCUGCAAAUUCCGAACUAGGAAGUAAGUUUCAAAUGACACACAUGUCGCCAAUGGACCACCAGCUGAGAGCCGGUCAAGCUGGGCAUGAUUGUGGCCGGCGUCCUAUCUCCUAGUUGCAUUUUAAUUUUGACAUCCAGCAGCAUAUAACAUGUGCGAACUUGGAGUUCCUGCUCAUCCGACUACUUGUUAGGUUGGAAACUAUGCAGGUGUGUUCACUGUACCCAGACGCAGGAGACAGCACAGUGACUUUCAUGCAUAUUUCCCUUACAGACAGAUGACUGCAUCCGCCUAUUGCGAGCGGCCAUGGACUGGCAGACGGAGGUCAUGCUGGAGACUAUCCUUGGCCAUGGAGUGGACAAUCAUUUACUGGGCUUACGAGAGAUUGCCCUACAGCUAGGUAGGCCAAUACCCAAGAUUUUCGAGGAUCACACCUACGCGAAGGCCAAUUGGUUCCGACUGGGAACCAGUCAGGUAAGCAGGUCUUAACGGUCAUUCACCCCUAUCUGGUGAAAGUAGGGCGGUGGGACGCUUGUUAGUCUGCAAGCUGCGCCACGGAGGCGCUGGACCAAAACGGGGUCAGAUUAGCUCGCGACUCGGGUUGUGCGGAGUUGCGCGAGCCUAUGACUACGCCGUACAUCGAGGGGUUGGUGGCACACCCAGGCGUAGGCCCGCACGCCGCAUCGGUCACUGCGUUUAAUUCCUUUACCAGUUGGUUGACAGAUUCAGCUAGUCGGCUGGUGCAUGGGAGAGGAGGAGAGAGUGAAAAAGACACAGAGGAGUCCAUUUGCCACAGCAACAUCAGCGCAUUCCUCACUUUCACUCGCCUGAAUCAAUCACAGCGUGCUGCGUCGUGGCUCGGAGGGUCGCCAAGUGGCGGGUUAACUUGGACCUUCCCAGAACUGCAGUCAGGUAGCAAUAGCUCCUUCUUGAUAUGUCCUCUAUGGCACUCGGAAGUACAGUAGGUGUGCUAACUCAUGAAAUGUUAGCCGAAAUUCUGAAAUGCGUUUUCAUUUCGAAAAGAUUAAUUAGGGAGGGUUGUAAAACUAAUCCUCAUGAAGCAUAAUUCUAUUAUAAUUCAGCUACCUCAGGAUGCCAGCUUUCGAACGAACUUCCUUCCGGCUGCAUGCAGAAACUAUACUCCGUAAAAAUGACUACUUAAGCAGAAUGCAUUUUUUCUCAUUGAUUUUCGAUGCCCUUAAAAAUUCAAUUUUAUUUCCUAGAAAACAUGCAUAAACAUAUUCAUUCUUCUGUUUAUUCGGUAGGAAAUUACGCCUUCUUUCAAUUUUAUACUCGAAGGAAGGACAUAAUUCGGUUUUAAAAAAGUUCCUAAUUGUGAGACUUUUUAAUACGGUGAAAUGGCCGUUCAUUAAACGUCAUGUCUCUGAACUUGCUACUGUGGCUUAAAUCCACUACUAAAGUUUAUGAACCCCAUAUGUUAUUCUUUUAAUAGCGUAGAGGAAUGUAUGGUUUUCCGUACGCGGAACAUAUACGGCUUGUAGUUUGGAAACCUUGAAUGCAAGUGUAACGGUAGGUCGGAUCCAAAAUGAUUCGGUUAUACUGACAGUGCCAUGUCAUAAGAGUUAUUAGCUGCGGGAAAAAGGGGACGCCUCAUUAUAGUUAAUUCAUGUGCAAACCACCGGUAUUGCGCUCACCCCCCCCCAGGUCAGGCGGUAGACUUUGUCGUUUGCGACGAUCGAAAUGUCAGAUGUUAUCUAAAAAUUCGCAUUUUAUUUCAUUCACUUACAAAAAUCGCUUUUUGAAACUGUGCCACUGACUUUAGGAAUUGUUUUAAUGGUAAACAAGCAAUUUGGUCAUUUGGCAAAGAGAUUUUGACAGUUGUGUUCUUCUAAUUACCUGAGGGGUGGCAUCACAUAGUUCUCUACUAACGUGGUGCCUGAUGUCACCAUAAUAACUGUGGUCAAAAUGAGAUAGUCUUUGACAAAAUUACAGUCAGUGACCGAUCUCAUGAAAUAUUAACUAAAAUUCUGAAAUUCAUAUUCGAUUAUGAAAAAUUACUUAAGCUGGGUUGUAAUACUGAAUAUGUUGCAGGAUAAUACCGUAAUAUUUCAGGCACCCUGGAAUGUUAAUUUAAAAAUGCUCUUUUUUUCGACUGCGUGCAAUUACCACACUCUGUAAAAAUGGCCGAUUGAGUAGUAUGCAUUUUUUCGGUGCGCUUUUGUUGAAAACACCCAUAAAACCGUUCUUUUUUCCCUUAUUUAAUAACAAAUCACAUCUUCAAAUUUUAUAUCGGUAGAAAAGGUAUCUUAUGGUUUUAGAAAAGUUUUAAAUUCCAGAGUAAUUAUGAACUCGAUUUACCGUUGCAUUUAGGGUUCACAGUCUACUAGUUGUAUACUUUCCGUGCAAGGAAAAACAUAAAUUCCUUCACGCCAUCAAGAAGAUGUCACAUGAAGGUCAUAGGGGGCAUGAAUUACGUUAUAUACUUCAUUAGAGGCAUUACUAAACAUGCAGAUACGAUGCUAUUUGAAAGGGCUUUCUAUGAUCUUAAAAAUCUCAUUAGUGAAAACUCUUUUAAAACCAAGAGAUACCCCUUCUUCGACCAUAAAAUUUCAAGACGUGGUUUGCUAGCAAGUAUAUGCAAGAAUGAAUAUUUUUAUGCAUAUUUUCUACAAAACAUAUUUGAAUUUAUGGGUGCAUCGAAAAUCAAUGGAAAAUGCAAAUUAUUCAAUUACCGAGUGCACUAACUGCAGGCGGCCGAAAAGAAGUGAAUUUAAAAUCAACAUCCUGGCAUGCCUGAAAUAUUAUGGUUUUAUGCCGUAAAAUAAUCAGUAUUUUAACCCCACUUAAAUAAUCCUUCCUAAUCUAAUAUGUAUUUCAGAAUUUUAGUCAACGCUUCAUGAGAUCGGUCACUGAUUGUAGCCUGGUCAGUCUACCCUUUAAUCGGGCGCAGCACUUCUUUCCAACUGUUUGACCCCAAAACUGUUAACACACCGCGAGCCCUGCCACUUCGAUUAAAUUUUGUGUUCGAAAAUUUGUGUCCUCCAUCCAGCCAAAGCAUAGGACAACUACAUUUUUUCAAUUUCUCAAAUAUAUUAUGAUCAUUUGUUAAGGAAGAAAUCCAUUUUCAACCACACUACUGAAAAAAUAGCAGUUCAGCGGCGGUCAUUACUAUCAGAGUACACUGAACUUACUGAAUGCUGGGAAGAUUUGCUGGCAGAGAUCGGAUUUUGCUUUUAGGUACCAACAACAAUGGAUACCUUCAUGUGCUACGGCGCAGUCGUGCCAGAUGGUUACGGUGCCGCCUAUAACCCCCACGCGGACUACAUUGUGACAGUUGUGACCUGCUGGAAGGAUGAUCCGGAAACCAGCGCCGAAAAGUUUUCAGCCCUACUGGAGGCCUCUCUCCUCGAAAUGCACGACCUGGUGACCUCAAAUCCCGACUUGGCAAGCCAAAAGUCGCCUGAACCAACUCAGUGGACAAUACCAGAGGAGAUUGCUGGUAUCCAAGACUAA